UCUUUUGCUAAGAUGUACCUCCGGAUCCUCCUAGCCUGUGCGACGUGCGCGUGCGCCGCCUCGGCCCAGAGGUACGAGGCCCUGGGCGUGCUGCAGCCGGCGAGGCCGACGGGCCUGGGCAAGGAUGAGAGUGUGGUGGCGGCGACCAUCGACAUCCUGCCCGAAGUUGCCAAGACCAUGAAGGAGCUGACCGCCAAGAUGACUCGCUCUCAGGACGACCCCUUCGACUCGCAGAACAUCUUCGAGGUCCUGACGGCGUUCAUGCCUGUGACCCGCAAAAUCCUAUUCGCCCUGGCCAAGGCCGAGGGCCGGACCGUGUCCGAGAAGGAGCUGCAGAGGUUGGACCGCGCCGAGAAGAUCCUUCCUUCCGCCUUCAAGUUCAUGCUCAAGAUACAGGGCAGCGACUUCUUCGGCUUCGAAAACCCCGACGCCGACAGGGCCCCGACGAAGGACGCCGUCUCCCUCGCCGACACCAAAGUGAGCGGGUCCUUCGUCCAGAUGCCCCACGGGAGAGGGAUGUUCAUCCACCAUGGGUAGACGGGAGGCACGCGCAGACAGACACUCAGAGGGAGAAGCAGAAGACGCAGAAGGGUCAAGAGGAGGAGACGAAGCAUAAGGAGCUUUCGAAGGAGAAUCAAAACCUUCGAAAGGGAAAUGGAGAGGCAGAGAAGAAGAACAUGGAGUUGGAGGACCUGAGAGGAACACAUCGAGGAGACGAGACAAAGAAAAAUAUACAAGAUUAAAGUAGUACUGGAAAAAAAUUAUAUACGAUAAAGAGCAAUAGCAGAUGGAGAAGUAGCUAAGGACAACUAAAAAAAAUCACUUCGAAGGACUCCAUACAAAUCUCCAUUUGUCUGAUUUGUCACUGGCAUUACUGUUUUUUAUACUCUCGCACGAUUUUAUCAUCACUCAACAACGGAUGUAUUGCACAUCUACAUUCCACAUUAGACUCUGUAGGUUUCUUCACUUUUUUACUGUGUAAAGAAGAGAUAUGUUUCCCAUAAAUCAUUACAAAAGGAAAGAUAAAAAAUAUAAUCAUGAGCAUAAAUAAAGAAUGUAAACGAAA